AUGGAAUAUCCCCUAAGAUUUACUUCCAGAGUCAGGCUAUCUUGUAUAUCAUCCCAGCCUUUCACAGCCAUCCGUACGCCACGCUUUACGCCAGGAACACGCCGCACCAUGGCUUCGAUCGAGCAGAAGAUCAAGACACUGCAGGAUUACUGUGCUUGUGACGUAUCAGACGCCCUCCUCAAAAUCCAGAAGCUCCCGGAAGGUGCUACACCACGAGCCGGCCAUCUCGCUGAUUUCACUCCCUUCUCACCCACCCUCGGUCGCAACACUACCUCACCCAAAAUAAUCGCCCCCGCAAGCACCUUCAAAUUCAUUCCCAAAACAACCACCUCCUUCCCCCACGAAGUAGGUCGUCUACUGUCAUCCCCCGAACACAGCUUCCCCAGCGGCACCCACUGGGUCGACCACGCCGAACCCAACACAAUCGCCAUCAUCGACCAACCCCCGCAUCAGAACUGCGCCGUUCUGGGCGGUAUCAUGGCCGUGCGGAUGAAGUAUCUCGGUGUGAAGGGCGCGGUUGUGAAUGGACGUGUGAGGGAUUUAAGUGAGAUUACGGGGUGUGCGUUGCCAGUUUGGGCGCAGGGGACCUCGACGGUGGGGAGUGGAGCGGAGGCAAAGCCGGGGUUGAGGAAUGUGCCAGUUGAUGUUGGGGGUGUUACUGUGAAGCCGGGUGAUAUUAUCUUCUGUGAUCCGUUGGAAGGGGUUGUGGCUAUUCCAAGCGAGUUGCUGGAUCAGGUGUUGGAGGUUAUGCCGAAGUUGGUUGCUAUGGAUGAUAAUGUUAAGGAGGCAGUGUUGCAGGGGGAGACGGUUAAUGAUGCUUUCAAGAAGUUUAGGACUAAGCUUUAG